AACGAAUGUCUGUAUACAAUGGCUUCGUAAGCAGAGCAAUAGAGACUUCAUACAUGAAAGCCCUUUACAAUAUGACUUUCCUCCUGCAGUUACAGCUCACUAAGUUCCUCCAAAAAGAUACUCCGAUUCGUGAAGAAAAUUUCAAACAACACUUUGAAAAACUGUAUCAGAAAAUAGUUGCUCUUGAUAAUAAAUAAAUAUCAACCUCCCAAAUACUCAUAUUCACUGAAGAACUUAGCGAAACAUUUCAAGGUGUACCAACCAGAUGCAAUAGAGCCUAUCCCAAGCACUAAGAACUCCUUCAGCUCAUCAUUUUCCAAGCUGAACCAGACAGAGAGUUUUCCGUCCCAUCGGCUAUCUCUCGACCCGAACAAAUACUCUAAACUAAGCCCAGUUAGGAAGGAGAAGAACCGGAAUUCAAAAAGCAGUAAAAGGUACAGACAUGAGGCACCCAAGAUGUAUAAGUAACGAUGGCUCUAAGAAGGUCUCAAUAUCUCAAGAAAUCAGCCAGUUCCUUAAGAAAAAUAGUAAGAUUGGCUGUGGAAGCAUGAGUCCGGCAAACCAGAACUCUCAAGGCAAAGGAAAUAUUAAGAGAGGCUGAAACUUGAUCCUGCUCAAUUCUAGUAAUGAGAGACCUAUUUAAAACUCAGCAUAAUCCAAGGAGAAAGAACAGGCCUCAGAAACUGAAUAAGACAGCUAGCAAUGCGAAAAGGAUUGAAACUCCCCUCAGAUUAGAGUCACAUCCUUUCAGAGUAUCUCGGGAGUUUCUAAAUCUGAGCUCAAACUUUGAUCCUCCAGUGCUACCCUUGCAUACUGUUACUAAAAAGAGGAAAAUCAAGCAUCCAAAUAGACAGAACUUCAAAGGACAAGGAGAGUCUAGUCAGCUUAGGAAGAACCUGGCCCUUGAUAGUUCUUUUGGAGGGAUAAACCAAAACUUUAUGACUACAGGCGUCCAAAAGAUCGAUAUCUUAGUGAACGUACUCAAGCGUGACAUGAUGCUCAACCAGUAGAGUUUUCGGAUAAUCAAGAUCACAUUAUGCAACAUGCUAAUUCAAUU